GGCAACGCAAAUCCGUGAGCUGAGCUCUCUUGAUUCAUUAUUGUUGUUUCUCUGAACAACCGGAGCGUUUAUAAGGUGUUCUCUUCUUGGCGGUACACUCAAUUCAAGGCAACUGCACAACCACAAAACCCGUUGGCUCCCUUGCGUUUGUACUUGGACUACAAGAGUAAAAUGAGUAGCAGCUGGGAUUCACAGAAGAAGCCAAAGAAAUGCAAGAAGAUGCAAACCAAUAUCAUAGAUACCUCAAACUCUUACCUAAACAACCCUAAUAGCGAUUGGUUGGCCUCAAUAAUGAAUUGUGAGCAAAAAACCACUAGAUCUCAAAACAAGCCCAGAAUGCAAAAGGUGCCCAAGAUAAUGCGAGAUGUCAAAGACAGCAAUAGAAUCUAUGAUCCCAUGGUUGUUUCUGUUGGUCCUUAUCAUCAUGGAAAACCUGAGUUGGAGCAAGUGGAGAAGCUUAAGAAAAGAAUAGCACAAAAAUUAGUUUCACGCAGCAACAAAAGAAUUGAAUUCUUGUACAAUGAAGUUGCAAAGGUAGCACCAAGAGCGAGGGAUUUCUAUGCAGAGGGUUCAGUUGAAAAGCUUGAGGAUGAAAAAUUCCUGCGUAUAAUGUUCUUGGAUGGUUGUUUUGUUGCCUACUUCAUUUACUGUGUUGUGAAGGACAAUCUCAAGGAACUAGAAAUAAAUAAUGAUGCAAUAGUUUCUAUAGGAAGGGACAUGUUCUUACUGGAGAACCAACUACCAUUUUUAGUCCUUAAAGCUCUGAUGAGUGCAAUAUUCCCUCAAACUGAGUGGAAGAGAAUGGUAGAGGAAUUUGUCAAGAAAGUUAAUGGUAUAGUCUCUGAGGUUGAUGAAUUCAACAUGGGUUUCUACCCUGUGUCUCAGAAUGAAGAAAUGCCCAAAGCUUUUCAUCUCCUCGACCUUCUUCGAGCUAUACUGCUCAAAAACAAUUGUUCUGAACCAGGAAGAGACUAUUAUUACUUGCCCAAAUGGAUGUUGUAUGUUUGUUUUGCCUCUUUCAGGAGGCUGCUAUAUGUUUGUUCUGCCUUGCUCAAGUGGCUGUUUUAUCUUUGUUCUGGUUUGUUCCAUGUUCUGCACUUAACUUAUAAUAGUUUGCUCAUGAUCCUGCUUAUUGCAUGGCCCAAGCUCCCAAUACUUCUUUCUUUUCUUCAAGAGCCUUGCAAAAGGAAAUUUAGUUUGCUAAAGUGGGCCUACAGAAGGAGCUUUGGCUUUCUCCAGUGGACCCUAAAGAAGAUAUAUUUCAAGGUCAUGAUUCUUGUGGUACUCCUGUGGUUGCUCUUCAUAUCUCUAUUCCAGUUUCGACGACGACGAAGGCGGGAUAAGCUUUGGUAUUCUUUUCCUUCAGUAAAGGAGCUCAAAGCAGUGGGAAUCAAUUUCAAAAUGAGUGAAUCCUUCAGUUUCAGAAGUGUCCAUUUCCAACCUGGCCUCAUCUAUGGAAAUAUCUUGCUUCCCCCAAUAGUCAUUGAUAAUUCAACCCAGACUAGGUUUCUGAACUUGAUAGCCUAUGAGAGAUGUUGUUGUGAUCUUAGUGGUUUCAACAUAACAUCCUACAUCUGUUUCCUGGAUUCUCUCAUUAAUCAUCCUGAUGAUGUAAAGGAGCUAAGAGUAGAGGGAAUACUCUUCAAUAAUCUUCGAAGUGAUGAAGAAGCAGCCAAUCUCAUUAACCAGAUGGGGAGGGGCUUGACAGAUCCUGAUGCAUAUCAGACCAUCAAGAAGGAUAUCCAUAAAUACAGCAAGAAGAGAAGGAGAAUUUGGAUAGUUGAAAUAUUACGCACACACUUCAAUAGUCCUUGGACUACUAUUGCUUUUUUUGUUACUGUCUUCAGUGCCACUGAGACCUAUUUCACAAUUUUCCCUCGUAUCAGGAAAAUUGUAAUAGACUACUUAUCUAAAUAAAAAGUAUUUGAUCAUCUACCUGAAUGUACAUAGGUUAUAAACUCCUACUAAUCUUUUUAAGAGUUAAAAU